AUGGAGAAGAAAGGUGCUGGUGGAAGAAAGGGAGGUGGGCCCAAGAAGAAGCGUGUUUCCUGUUCCGUUAAGGCGGGUAGAAUUGGGCGUUACUUGAAAAAGGUCGUUACGCACAUCGGGUUGGACGUGGUCCUCCUGUUUUCCUUGCUGCUGUGCCUGAGUACCUUGCUUGUGAGGGUUUUCUUGAUAUCGGUAGUUGUUUUCAUUUUGGAUGAAUACUUGGAUGGGUUUCGUGAUUAUGAUUCAUUGUUAGAUGGAUUAGCGAGAGACGAGAAGAAGACUAGGAUAACACCAAGGCAUGUUUUGUUAGCUGUAAGGAGCGAUGAAGAACUUGGGAUAUUUCUUGCUUGUGUAACUAUUGCUCAAGGAGGUGUGCUACCUAACGUUAAUCCAGUUCUUCUGCCUAAGAAAUCCGACAAAGUCGGAAAGGAACUUGCUGCUAAACCUCCAUGUAAGGCUACCUAG